UAACGCUAUUCAUGAUUCAUGUUCAUACAGCGUAUCGUUUUGAGUGAUAUAUUGUGUAUCCAACAUCGAACCAGAGGAUGGAAACUCGAGUUAUCAAAAUCUAAAUUCACUAUGCCUCGAAAAACGCUAAAAACGUAUCAACAAUCACGUUGACCUAUUGAAAAACUAACGAUUCGAAGGUGUAUCCCUAAAAUCUGGCAGAUUUGUUGCUUCGUGACAGAAGCGUGAUAUCUUAAGUUUUGUUUCGUUUCGUCUCUGUUCAAUUUCUUUUCUUGUUUUUCUCUCGCAUUCACCUCCCCUUUACUUUUCAACCCUUAAGCACAUUAUCCCCCGAAAAAAAAGGAGAGCACUCUUCACCCUUCCUCCCCCUCCACCCCUUCUCUUUCUCUCUGUCUCUCUGUCUCUCACCAAGUCUCUCAUUUUUCCCCCCUCUUUCAAUAUAUCGCGUAUUUUUCUUUCUUUUUAUUAAAUGUACACGAUAACAACAGAAUUUUCGGUAUUCUUGCACGUUAGAAACGUGGAUGAGUGAUUGUAUAUUUGAGCGGCAGCCGAUUAUCGGCCGAUUCCUUCCUUUACGCGAGUGAAUGCUCCCUACGUUUAACUGGUGUCAAUGUACACACAGUGUAACGUUAUUGUAGCAUUAGCCAGAAAGCAUUUCUAAAAGAAUCUUCGUCUAACUAGAAUUCGACAUGAUGAAGAGCAGUGCUAUGCUUAAGAAAGAAAGCAAAAUGCGCAUACGUGCUUUUCCGACUACUAUGGAUGAAAAGUAUGUAGAAAGUAUUUGGGCACUACUAAAAAAUGCAAUUCAGGAAAUUCAGAAGAAAAAUAAUUCUGGUCUUAGCUUUGAAGAACUUUAUCGGAAUGCUUAUACUAUGGUUCUCCAUAAGUAUGGAGAACGUUUAUAUACAGGUUUAAAGGAAGUAGUAACGCAUCAUUUGGAAAAUAAAGUACGAGAAGAUGUAUUGAGAUCUCUCCACAAUAAUUUUCUUCAAACAUUAAAUCAAGCUUGGAACGAUCAUCAGACAUCGAUGGUAAUGAUCAGAGAUAUUUUGAUGUACAUGGAUAGAGUGUAUGUUCAACAGAAUGAUGUAGACAAUGUUUAUAAUUUGGGACUUAUCAUAUUUAGAGAUCAAGUGGUCAGAUACGGAUGUGUUAGAGACCAUUUACGAGAAACAUUAUUAGGUAUGGUAGCAAGAGAAAGAAGAGGAGAAGUAGUAGAUCGCAUUGCCAUAAAGAAUGCUUGUCAAAUGUUAAUGUUACUUGGCAUCAACAGUCGUCAAGUGUACGAAGAGGAUUUUGAAAGGCCUUUUUUACAACAGAGCGCUGAAUUUUAUAGAAUGGAGUCUCAAAAAUUUUUGGCAGAAAAUAGUGCAUCGGUAUAUAUAAAAAAAGUUGAAGCUAGAAUUUGCGAAGAAUCUGAAAGAGCAAAACAUUAUUUAGACGAAUCCACCGAACCACGAAUAGUAGAAGUUGUAGAAGAAGAACUAAUUAAAAUUCAUAUGAGAACUAUCGUUGAGAUGGAAAACAGUGGUGUAGUACAUAUGCUCAAAAACCAGAAAACUGAAGAUCUCGGUUGCAUGUAUAAAUUAUUUUCAAGAGUUUCGGACGGACUACGUACAGUAUGCGAUUGCGUUUCUCAGUUUCUCAAGGAACAAGGACGUGCCAUGGUUCAAGAGGAACACGAAUCAACAACAAAUGCCGUUCUUUUUAUUCAGAAUUUAUUGGAUUUAAAAGAUCGUUUUGAUCAUUUUCUUCAUUGUUCGUUCAACAACGAUAAAAAUUACAAGCAAAUGAUUGCGUCGGACUUUGAAUACUUUUUAAAUUUAAACACCAAGAGUCCAGAAUACCUGUCCCUCUUCAUUGAUGACAAGCUGAAAAAAGGUGUUAAAGGGAUGACAGAGCAAGAAAUUGAAGGUAUUUUAGACAAAACCAUGGUUUUGUUUCGAUUUCUCCAAGAAAAAGACGUAUUUGAACGAUAUUAUAAACAACAUUUAGCGAAACGUCUUCUCUUGAAUAAAUCAGUGUCCGACGAUAGUGAGAAAAACAUGAUAUCCAAACUUAAGACUGAAUGUGGAUGUCAAUUCACGUCAAAAUUAGAAGGGAUGUUUAAAGAUAUAACAGUCAGUAAUACCAUCAUGGAUGAAUUUAAGGAUCAUGUCCUUACAUCUAAUACAAAUCUGCACGGUGUGGAUAUAAGUGUAAGGGUUUUAACAACUGGCUUUUGGCCAACACAGUCUGCAACUCCAAAGUGUAGUAUGCCAGUAGCUCCGCGAGAUGCUUUCGAUGCCUUCCGACGUUUUUAUCUUGCUAAACACAGUGGCCGACAACUAACGUUACAACCGCAAUUAGGUUCCGCGGAUUUAAAUGCUGUAUUUCAUGGACCACGAAGAGAAGAAAACAGUUGCGGCGGUCUAGAUACACCAUCGUCUUCAAGUUCCAUUGGUAACGGAAGUGGAAGCACUAACGGUAGUAUUUUAAGUCAACGUAGCAGCAGUUGUGGAAACACAAGGAAACAUAUAAUACAAGUAUCAACUUACCAAAUGUGUGUUUUGAUGCUGUUCAACAAAAGAGACAAAUUAACGUAUGAGGAAAUUCAAGGUGAAACCGAUAUUCCAGAGAGAGACUUGGUUAGAGCAUUGCAAUCUCUCGCAAUGGGCAAAGCUACGCAAAGAGUAUUGUUGAAACAUCCCCGUACAAAGGAAAUAGAACCUUCGCACUGUUUUUGUGUCAACGACAGCUUUACCAGUAAAUUACACAGAGUAAAGAUUCAAACGGUGGCAGCAAAAGGUGAAUCAGAACCGGAAAGGAGAGAAACGCGUAAUAAAGUCGAUGAAGACAGAAAACACGAGAUAGAAGCAGCUAUUGUUCGUAUUAUGAAAGAUAGGAAGCGCAUGCCUCAUAAUAUACUUGUGACAGAAGUAACAGAACAGUUGAAAGGCCGAUUUUUACCUUCGCCCGUAAUAAUUAAAAAACGUAUCGAAGGAUUAAUUGAACGAGAGUAUUUGGCGCGCACGCCAGAAGAUAGAAAGGUGUACACGUAUGUUGCUUAAUGUUCGAAUUCAAAUAUUGGAUCUGUACAAACAUAAUAUUUAUUGUAGUAUGCCAAAAGUGGAACCUACGAGUCUAUAACAGAUGCGGAAUUUAUUGAUGAAAUUAAAAAAGUGCGCGGAUGAGCUUAUAGAAAGAUGAAGAACGUAAUAAAAAGAAUGAAAGUUAUGAUUAUAAACUAUUAUUAUGGGCUCGUGUGUUGAAAGAUGGAAAAAAAAUGUGAAAUGCAUCAUAUUUUUAUUUUCAUUUAUAUCUUUAUUUAUUAAUAUAGAGAUUUAAUAUUUAAACAAACGGUUUUACCCUUUCUUACGCAAACUGAAUAAAAAUAAAACCCUGCAAAAGUA